AUGAAGGUCGGAAAGCCAAAAUCGAAGCGCGUACCCGUGCGGCUACGGCACAAGAUUGAGAAGGCGUCGGCGGCGAAGCAAAAGAAGGCGAAGAAGCUAGCGAAGAAGGACCCAACAUGGCGCUCCAAGACGAAGAAAGAGCCCGGUAUUCCCAACCUGUUUCCCUACAAAGACAAGAUUCUCGCAGAGGUCGAGGAGCAGCGCAGGAGAAAGGAAGAAGAGGCUGCGCGCCGUCGGCAAUUAGCAAAGGAGCAAAGGCUGGGAGGCGCGACUGCCGAAGAUGCAAUGGACGACGACGAGGAGUUUGAGCAGUUCGACGCCGAAGGUGACGAACUUUUGGCCGAAGACAGCGAAGACGAGGAUUCGAUGCAAGUGGACAACAACCUGAAUCCCAUGGCUGCUCUGUUAGCUUCCGCCAAGGCGCGCGCCGCCGAAUUUGAACAGAACGACGACGACCAAGACGCCAUGGAGGACAGUGAAGAUGACGAAUCGGACCAUGGUGAUGGAGUCAAAGUCGCCAAGGAUGCGUCAAGAAAACAGUUUGACAAGGUAUACAAGCAGGUUGUCGACUCGGCCGACGUCGUUUUGUAUGUGCUCGAUGCUCGCGACCCAACUGGAACGCGAUCGAAAGAGGUGGAGCAGGCAGUCAUGGCAGCGGAUCGUGGAAGCAAGCGCCUGAUAUUCAUCCUCAACAAGAUCGAUCUUGUUCCGCCGCCCGUCCUUCGCGCAUGGCUGGUGCACCUCCGCCGCUCAUUCCCUACCCUUCCUCUACGUGCAUCCAAACCAGCGCCAAACGCAAAGACUUUCGAGCACAAGGACCUUACGAUGAAGGGCACAUCUGAGACACUCUUCAAGGCCUUGAAGACAUUCGCCGAGUCCCGUCAGCUGAAGCGCUCAGUCAGAGUCGGAAUUAUUGGAUACCCUAAUGUUGGCAAAUCAUCCGUCAUCAACGCCCUGACUUCAAGACUAAGCGGAAGGUCUGCUGGCUGCCCUACUGGUGCCGAGGCUGGUGUUACCACCAGUCUGCGCGAAGUCAAGAUAGACAACAAGUUGAAGCUUCUUGACUCGCCUGGUAUCGUUUUCCCAAAUACCGAAGGAUCCAAGGAAAGCAAGGUACAGCAAAAGGCACGACUUAUUCUGCUCAAUGCCGUCCCUCCAAGAGAGAUUGACGAUCCCGUUCCUGCUGUCACUCUGUUACUCAAGAGGCUGUCGUCUUCGGAGGAACUGUUUUCGAAGUUGAUGGAAGUCUACGAUCUACCUCCCCUACUCGCCGUGGGUAAUGACAAGACAACCGACUUUUUAGUUCAGGUAGCAAGAAAGAGAGGCCGACUGGGCAAGGGUGGUGUGCCAAACAUGCACGCAGCGGCACAGACUGUCAUUAAUGACUGGAGAGAUGGUCGUAUCCAAGGAUGGACAAGCCCUCCCAAACACGCACCUGCCGAGACUUCUUCCACCAAGACUGCGCCAGCUACCAAGGGUGGCCUCGUUGGUGAUCAGAAGGAGAUUGUUAAGGAGUGGGCUGCUGAGUUCAAGCUUGAUGGUCUAUGGGGUGAUGAACCGAGUGAUGCUGCAGCACCAGAAGCUAUGGAAAUGUAG